AUGACUAUGAUGUCCACAUCCAAUGAUACACAGUUUCAUCCUUCCUCCUUCCUACUGCUAGGCAUUCCAGGCCUAGAAUCUGUGCACACCUGGAUUGGCUUCCCUUUCUGCGUAGUGUAUCUGAUUGCACUGGUGGGGAAUAUCACCAUACUGUUUGUGAUCCAAACUGAUAGGAGUCUCCAUCAGCCCAUGUUCUACUUCUUGGCCAUGCUGGCCACUAUUGAUCUGGGCCUGUCAACAGCCACCAUCCCUAAAAUGUUGGGUAUCUUCUGGUUCAGCUUGAGGGAAAUCAUUUUUGGGGCCUGCCUGACACAGAUGUUCUUCAUUCAUAACUUUACUGGCAUGGAAUCAGCUGUACUCCUGGCCAUGGCCUAUGACCGCUAUGUGGCUAUCUGUAAUCCACUUCGCUAUGGCAUCAUUCUCACUAACAGAGUGAUGGUAGCAAUUGGCCUUGGAGUGCUAGUGAGAUCUUUCCUUUCAGUGAUUCCCUUUGUAUUCCUGAUCCUGCGCCUGCCUUUCUGUGGACACCACAUCAUUCCCCACACCUACUGUGAGCACAUGGGCCUGGCCCGUCUGGCUUGUGCAAGCAUAAGGAUCAACAUUAUCUAUGGUCUGGGUGCCAUUUCUCUCUUGGUAUUUGACAUCAUAGCCAUUACUAUCUCUUAUGGCCAGAUCCUGCAAGCUGUCUUUCGUCUCCCCUCCUUGGAUGCCCGUCUUAAAGCUCUGAGUACCUGUGGCUCCCAUGUGUGUGUCAUCUUGGCCUUCUAUACCCCAGCCCUCUUCUCUUUCAUGACCCAUCGCUUUGGCCAGAAUGUUCCCCGUUACAUCCACAUCCUCCUGGCCAAUCUGUAUGUUGUGGUUCCACCAAUGCUCAACCCAGUUAUCUAUGGCGUCAGGACCAAGCAGAUCCGGGAACGGGUGCUAAAGAUGUUCUCACAAAAGUAA